AUGGGUUCGCAGCACCUCAAACCGUGUCUACAACCGAAAGGCACAAUUUCUCCAGCACUUCCGUCAUCAGAGAGUGACGACUUUCAUGGGCAUCAGGGAAAAUACUCGUCAAAACAUGUGCGCUUCUCCGAAGAUCAAAAAGACGACAAAGCGUCGCAUUUGAAGCGGUCAUACACUGUUGAUGGAAAAUGUGUCCCUUUGUGGCUCAACCGGUCGUUGAAGCACAUACCAGAAGACCGCCGUGUCCUCCAAAGUCGAUUGGAUAUGGACGUGUUCAAGCCUCUGCCACCCAUACCUGGACCAAAUGAGCCACGCCACGGUUCUGUGACCACCAUAAACGGCGACUCCAUGGUCGGAGUGACCAUGACAUCCGACUCUCUCGAUAUGAGAGUUCCCCGGAAGUCUCGCGACAAACCGCCGUCCACGGCAGAAGAGUUGCAAGAGGAAGAGGACGAUACUGCCGAUGAGUCCACUCCUACUAGUACCUUUUCACCAUUCGUCCUUUGCGCCAGCCUCACUGAACGGGUUGAUGACGAGGAAUGUGAUAUCACCCCCACCUCUUCCGCACUCUCUUCUUACGCGAGCCUGACUAAACGAGACGAGGAGGAGAAGUGCAAUUCCGAUGAAGAUUCCGACACCCCCACUUCGUCCCCAAUCUCCCCUGCCAAUGUCGCUGAUCGCUGCGGCGACCAUAGUACAAGCUACUCGUUUGCUUCAUUUGCGUCCCGAUCGAGCACAGUCCCUUGUCAUCCGAGGAUGGUAUUUCGAGGAAGUCGGGUGCUUCUUGCAGGUAGCGAUGCGGCGACGGAAAUUGGUGAGCUUCGCAAACCGUUGGAAGUGGCUCGCCACACUCGCCGUCCGUGUACUAUAUCUCAAUGCUCUGACAUGCCGCAAUCUCCCCGCCUCUGA